GUCACAAUCAAUGCGCUUUUGUGGAAGGAAGGCUAAUGGUGGAGCAUGUCUUACUAGCACAUGAAAUAGUAAAGCAUUACCACAAGCAGCAUCUCAGUUCACGUUGUGCUCUUAAGAUUGAUUUGAUGAAAGCUUUUGAUUCUGUCCAUUGGGAUUUUAUUUUCCAAAUUUUGGAUGCUCUUGGUUUCCCCCCUCUUUUCAUAAAUUGGCUAGUUGCUUGUAUUACUACUCCAAAGCUCUCUGUGGUUUUUAAUGGGAAUCUUGUGGGAUAUUUUCCUGGGAAGAAAGGCAUCAAGCAAGGUGACCCUUUGUCACCAUAUAUCUUUGUUAUAUGCAUGGAAAUUCUCUCCAGAAUGCUUAAUAAAGCUGCAACAGAGGGACAAUUAGCCUACCACCCUAAAUGUGCAAAGGUUAAACUCACUCACCUAUGCUUUGCAGAUUACCUUAUCAUUUUUACAGAUGGAAGGGCAUCCUCUUUAGCUGCAAUUGAUGACACUUUGAAGAGUUUCUAUUCUGUUUCUGGUUUGAAAGUAAACUAUGCAAAGUCAGAACUUUUUUGUUGUGGAAUUCCUACAGAUGAGGUUCAGCACUUUACCUCAGUUUAUGGAUUCAAGAUUGGCACACUCCCUGUUAGGUGCCUAGGAGUACCUUUAAUCACAGGGAGACUAACAGGAAAAGACCUCAAGCCAUUGGUAUCUAAGAUCACGGACAAAAUGAAUUCUUGGACAUCAAAACACCUCUCUUUUGCUGGGCGACUGCAGUUAAUUUCCUCUGUUAUUCAAGGAGUCACAACCUUUUGGUGUUCAACUUUUAUUCUGCCUAAAAAGGUGAUCAAGGAAAUUGAAAGACUAUGCAAUGCUUUUCUAUGGAAUAACUCUACUGAUAGUGCAAAGGGAGCUAAGGUGUGUUGGCAAUCUGUUUGUUUCCCUAAACAGGAGGGAGGUUUAGGCCUUAAAAGCCUUAGUCACUGGAACAUGGCAUGUAUAUUAAGAUUCAUUUGGAUGAUUUUUGCUAAGGCAGGCUCUAUAUGGGUUGCUUGGGUCAAGGAGUACCUGCUAAAAGAUGAGUUUCUAGUAUAUCAGUAUUCCUGCUAACUCAUCUUGGGGGUGGAGGAAAAUGCUAAAGCUUAGAAGCUAUGCUAGAGGAUUAAUACAGCAUGUACUUGGUGAUGGUAGUGAUAUCUUCCUUUGGCAUGACUAUUGGCAUCCUUCAAGACCAUUAAUGCUUGCAUAUGGUGCUAAGAUUGUACCAGAUUCUGGUUUGCAAUUAUUUGCCAAAGUGUUAGAAGUAGUAAAUGGGAAUUUUUGGA